AAUUGCUUGAAUUAAAUGAUGGAUUGUUGAAAGAGCUUGAAAUGGCGGGCAACUUGCAAAGAAAUACACUCAUUAAACUUGGAGAACUGCAAGAGAACAAACAGCAAAAUUGGGUCCACUUGAAAGAACCUGUUGAUCUCACUUCAAGUGAAAAUAAACCUGAACAUAUAAAGCAACGAACGCCAGAGUGGUUUGAUUUACGGCAGCGCUAUAGACUAACUGGGAGCACGUUGUACAAUGCCCUUGGUUUACGUACAUUAAAAGCUCAGCAAGAACAUUUUGACAGUGUCGUCAAAGGGAAGAAGAAACCAGAUUUUACAGAUGAAACCAAGUCGUAUCUGGAAUAUGGCACGGCCAAUGAACCUAAUCUGGUAGCAACAUUGACUGGGAAAAUAUUACCGGCAUUUUAUCCAAAUUAUGUGUUCGUUGAAGAAGGUGCUCGUGAAAUAAAGCGGAAAGAUAAAUCGACGAUGUUGAUAUCUGGCGAUGGAGCAUUGGUAAAUAAAAAUGAAUUUGACUCUGCAAUGGAAAGCAGUCGGGCUCCAAAAAUGGAAAUUGCUAUCGAAGGAAAAUGCCGAUUCCCAAAGGAUUAUAAACUCCCUGUCCACUAUGGUUUAGAACUAGGCCACGUCCCCCAGGUACUGUCAGAAAUGGUUGCAUUAGAUGUACGGAAAUUGCUGUAUUUGUCCUACAGUCAUCAAAGCACAACGUGUUUUAUAGUUACCUAUGAUGAUGAUCUCUGGGAAAUGCUGUCACGAGAGGCUUCAUUGAUCUACGGUUCGGAUAAUCCACAGCGUCCCACACGCUUGACAGCAAGUUCUAAGUUACUCAAAGAAGCAUUAAAGAUGUUCGUUUCUACAAAUGUCGAAUUUGUUUGUGAAGUCGCAUCCAACUCUAUUCUACGAGGUAGUGAUUCCCUCAAAAGUCUGUGUUCACCAUUCAAAGGCUGCCCAUUUUUGGUAACGAAACGAGACAAUGCCGACCACGUUCUUGCAAUCCCACUGGAAAAUGAUGUAAUUGAACGAGCAAGUAAAAUCCUCCAGGAAGCCUAUGAACUUCUUAGAAAGAAGGCUACCGAAGUUUUAGUGUGGCUUAUCAGUACGACGGAUAGAGAAUGGUCUCCUGAAUGUCCACACGCAAUUCCAAUCGCCUGGGCUCUCAAAGGAUACAGUCUUUCAAACGAUGUGAUGAGAAAGAUGACAGACACAAUUCUCAACAAGCUAGAAAGAUCUGAGAUAAAAAUUUCGUGUACGGUAUUUGAUGGACAGUGGGCGAAAUAUGCAAGUCGCAGCAAAGAAGCAGAGCCAUUGAACAUAUUGCAAUUACAAAAGGACGUCUGGACAGAAGUUAGGGGAAUGAAAAAAGAGCUACUGAUGGAGAAAUUUGGUACAUUAAAGAUAACAGAUUGCAAUGUUCUUCGUUCUGAUACCGGAUUCGACGUAACAUCGAAGUCAUAUGCAAAACUGCGUACUCAACUGUACCAUACGUUUAUUGCAAGUCAAGACGAAACGAGUGCCGACGAUGAUAAAACUGCCGAAUCGAAUGACACUGUAAAUACAACCAUUGACGCAAACGUUGUCUCUUCUUUGCCUGAUGGUGCCUUGGACGUUCUGCUAACUGAAACGAAUUCUCCCGAAUUCCUGGACGGAUUAGAUGAAAUAGCAGUUGGUGAAGAGAAAGAGAUUGACGGAGAAACUGAGGUUGAUGGCGCCACUGUCUUUGGAGACGUGCAAUUGAUAUCACAGGAAAUCACUCUGAUUGGUUGUCUUGAAGCACUUCAGGCUGAUAAAAAGGAGAGUGUAUCAAUCAAGUGGAAGAAUAGAAAGUAUGAAGAUAUUAAAACUAAGCUGAGCAAUGCUCGUGAAAUGUCAUCACUAACCGUACACGAGAUAGAUAUCGUCAUAAAUGAGCUCAUCAUUAAACAGAAGAUAUCACCUACAAGUAUCCGAAAAUCCUGGCCAAAACAUGACAAAGUAAACCGUCUCUCUUCGUUAAUUGGAGAUGGUUCUGAAAUCAAUCCACCUGAACGGAGAGUGAAAACUAUGAAAUCUCUUCGUGAAUUCUCAAUCCAAGCAAUAAUCAAACCUAGAUCAAACAUAAAACAGUUUAAGUUGCCCACUAGAACCCAUUUAAAUGUUGCUUAUGCAACAUUAUCCUAUCCUUACCGGUACAAAUGCUGGAAAGAAACAAUGAAAACAGUGGAUGUCAAUAAAAUCUAUGGGUUAGAUUCUUCGUCACCGUAUGAAUGGUUCUAUUUUCCCGAAUACUCCAAAGAACGAAAUCGUAUCGAACCAAGGUGUCUUGAUGGAGACCACAUUUUUGUGAACACCAGAGUGAAGGUAUGCAAGGACGGGCUAGAAGGUGUAUCGAAAGCUGCAUGGCAUGCUGUUUCUUCGGCUAGGCCUGAUUUACUAAGUAAGAGUCUGGUUGAAGACCUCAUUGACAAACAAAAUAACAGGUUUGCAAAGACCACGUUUUCAGAAGCCGUUGAGAGAUGUAUGAUUGAUCUACAGUACAAAGAGGAAGCGCAAUUUACACGACUAAUUAGACGCUGGUAUGAAGCUGAGGACGAUCCUGGCAUACCUGCAGUCGAACGAGCUAAAAGGCGGUAUGAGUUUAGAGAAUACCUCAUGGAUGGAGUGGACUUUGGGAGUUUCCCACCACCAGGGCAAUACAUUAAAGGUAUGCCGAUAAUCACAUAUGAAGGCAUUCUCCAAAGCAUCGAUUGUCAUAUGCUACUCUACUCACUUUGCCGAAAUGGAACCUACAAUCAACGGGCUAUAAGUUCCUUGGUUAACGAGAACUUCUUUGGCGAACUGUCUGAGAUCGAACCUACAAAGCUUGGAUGCCCGAAGGCGACAACAGUGGGGCGACUAAUGGCUACAGUUACUGAACUGCUGCAUUAUCGCCAUAAUCCCUUGUGCAGAACCUUUCAAAUGUCAACUGCCAAACGACCUGUGUAUCCGCAACACAAGCUAGAUGAACAGGCUCCUUCAAAUCCGGAAGAAAACUUUGUACCUGAUGAGAUUAAGUUCAAUGCAUCUACAAAUAAAAUGGAAAUCUCAGCCAUACACUUAAGGGACCAUUAUUUCGACUCAGUUAAGAGGGCAGCGCGAAAGCAAAGGAAGGGAAAAGCAGGGGAUGUGUCCAAUCCGAGAGCUCCGUCUCGGGGGGCCUUGCCGGUUCGACAAUAUCAUCGAGUAGACGAAUCAAAGAUUUUGCCAACUCAAAGACUUGGAAUCCAAUUAGAAUGAUAAAAGCAGUAUAAAACCAAAGUUAAUGAAAUAAAGAAUUCGAAAUAUUUGUUGACCUUCUACUCAUUCACUUAAUCACAAAACUGCAAUUUCAUUUACUGCUUUAAGACUGGUCACUCUAUUAAACUGAGACAAUUAAGUUAUAGAUAAGUAUAACCUGUUAAUUUUUGCCUAGUCUAAUUGUUAGUCCUAGAAGCUAGCAUUCUGUCCGAUAAUGCAGUUUUGAUUAACAACGUGUGGUUUUGUUCUAUUUGAGUAUGUAAAUAAAAUGGCAUAAAGACUUAAUAAAAUCAGAAGAUAUACAAUCCAUGGAAGUAAUGAAGAAUCAUGCAGUUCACUGGAACAAAUAGUUAUAUGAGACAUAUCUACGACAAGAAUGCAUAAAAUUGUAAGAUUAAGCUUUCAAAUUUACUAUAUGUAUUCUAUUGUAUUUUUCAAUAUUCAUAAACAUUUAGCAUGUCACUUUAUUACAUAGUAAUGAUCUUUACAAUUAUCAGGAACAAAUGUUCACAACGUCAUUUUUCAUCAUGCUUGUGCGGACAAUCCGUAACGUAGGGUACAUGCAUAAUUUGUAUGGUACAGUAUUUAUAAACUCGAUAUAAACUAUAUAUAUAUCGUACACUUGUAUGCUUUUAAAGAUGUAAUGAGUUUUCUCAUUUGAUGAGGAAAUGCUCGAAAAUACAAAUAUAAAACUACAUCAAACAGAAACAA